AUGCGUUCGUUCCUCCUCGCCGGCGCUGCUUUUGUAGCCACUGCAUUGGCUCGCAACCUCCCUCAUCGUUCUUUCUCCUCUCUGGUUGCCAGACAGAAUGGAGGCCUUCCUAGCUCCUUCAGCUGGACAUCUAGUGCCAUCCUAGUCUCACCUAAGAACGAUGGUCGAAACAUUGCCGGUAUUAAAGAUCCUUCCAUCAUCGAGUACGAGGGCGUAUACCACGUGUUUGCGAGCACAGCGAAAGAAGAAGGCUACAACCUUGUGUACUUCAACUUCACCGACUUUGAUAAGGCUCAAUCAGCGCCCUUCUAUUAUCUCGACCAGAGCGCCAUAGGCACAGGCUACAGGGCUGCACCAGAAGUUUUCUACUUCGCCCCUCAGAAACUCUGGUACCUCAUCUACCAAAACGGCAAUGCAGCUUACAGCACCAACCCCGACAUCUCCAACCCUGCAGGCUGGACCGCCCCCGAAGUCUUCUACCCCAACGGCACCCCCGCACUUAUUGCAGAGGGUCUCUUGACCCCACAGCAAGGCUACUGGGUCGACAUGUGGGUCGUGUGCGACGACGCCAACUGCUAUCUCUUCUCCCACGACGAUAACGGCCGUCUCUAUCGUAGCCAAACACCGCUCUCCCAAUUCCCCGCUGGCAUGAGCGAGCCCGUCAUCGCACUCUCGGAACCCAACAAAAACGAUCUCUUCGAAGCGUCAAACGUAUACCGCGUGAACAACAAUACCUACCUCUUACUCGUAGAAUGCAUCGGUGCCGGAGAUUCACCAGGUGGUCUCCGCUACUUCCGCUCAUGGACAUCGACUUCGCUGGCGGGUAGUUGGACGCCGCUUGCUGCUACGCAGCAGAACCCGUUCAUGGGUGAGGAGAAUGUGGUUUUCCCCAAUGGAAGAUGGUCGGAUAGUAUCAGUCACGGGGAGAUUGUUAGGAGCCAGGUUGACCAGACGCUGACGAUCAAGCCAUGUGGUAUGAAGUUCUUGUAUCAGGGGAUUGAUCCGAGUGCGAGCGCGUCUUACAACGCGCUGCCGUGGCAUUUGGGGCUGUUGACACAGACUGGGAACGCCACGUGUUAG